CAGGUAAAGUUCAGCAGCGAAGAGCCAUUAUAACAAUGGCCGUGAGAGAAACGUACUCAAAUGUCAGUACGGUUAGAAGAAUAGUCGACAAUUUAAUGUGGAUGUCAGCUCUGUUGUUUGUGUGCUUAGCAAUCACAGGAAUAUUACGGCCAAAGCGUAUAGGAUUUGCAUGUAAUGAUAUUUCAAUACAACACCCUUUUGUUGGAGACACCAUCAGUGAAGGAGUUUUGCUUUGUUCUCUUCUUUUUGGAUCUGCCUUAACAAUAUUUAUUGUCGAAGCGAUUCAUCACUACCCUAUCUCAAAGAAUCUGAAUCAACAAUGUUACAAUCAUUGGCUAAUGGUUCUUGGGGACUUCCUGUUGGGGUUUGUGUACGUCUUCUUUGUAACAGAACUUCUAAAAGCCGUUGUUGGUGAGCUCAGACCUCAUUUUUUGGCAUCGUGUCAACCUGAUUGGUCAAAAAUCAACUGCUCUGAAGGAUUUGUAAUAGAAUAUAACUGCACUAGAAGAGAACAGUAUCGCCUAGAAAACAUAGAUAUUUACAAGUCAUUCCCAUCAGGUCAUUCAUCGCUUUCUUUAUACUCGUUCGUGUUCAUCAGUUUAUAUGCUCAAGUUCGACUUCAGUGGACAUCAAAGUCGCACGUUCUGAAGUUAGUGUUACAGUUGGUCUUCCUUUCCUGGGCUCUGGUGUGUAGUUUAACUCGAAUCUCUGAUCGUCGUCACUUCUGGUGGGAUGUUCUUGUGGGGUGCUUAAUAGGAAUUAUAGGAGGAAUUUUAACGGUUCGAUGUUUUUUACGAAACAGCUUGUUUUGCAUGGUAAAAGUUGUGGCAGGAGAUGAAUCGGCCAGCUCCACAAAGAAAGAUAAUUAAAAAGAAGCCAUCAUCUGUUGGAUCAAAGUAAUCUUGAAAAUAAAAAGAAACCUAGAAUGAGAACCUGACCCGAAAAAGCAAUUACCAUUUAAGAACUAAGGAGUAUAAACAUAAGCUAAAGGAAUAGGAUGUUCAGUUGAACAUAAGCUAAAGGAAUAGGAUGUU